GGUCAAAGCUUUAGAGCUCGUUGGACGAGCCAUCGGAGGCGGCGUAGGGGAGAGACGAUCUAGAUCAGCUCGGAGGGAGGUUUUCAGUCCACGGGAGGGGUUUCGAUCAGGAAGUGGUUUGAGGUCCGUCGCAUUCGAUUCUCUGAGCGCAUUUGAUCCUUCUUUCUGAGAGAAAAGCCUUAAAAUGGAUCGUGAGCGAAUGCCGAUUUUUGAGGCCUCCUCUUCGAUGAGCUACCCAUCUGAAGAUACUAAUUCAAACCCACUGUUCACCCAAUUUGAUCCGAAAAUUCUAAGCUAUGGCGCUGGAAGCGAACAGUCUGUUUCUAAGUUCCCCCAGAAUUUGGAUUCCUUAUCCAUUUGGUCUUCUCAUGCUGAGAAAGUAGAUAAACCACCAGAUCAAGUUGCUUCAUUUUCUGACAACCAAACAAAUCCAACAGUGGAUUGGGAUCCAAGGUCAAUGCUUAGCAACCUCAUCUUCAUUGAUCAAAAGAUUCACCAAGUUCAGGAUAUAAUCCGUUCAACUAUUGAUAUUGAAGGUCAAUCCUCUAACCAACCAAAUGAAGUCACAAUGAAACAGCAGCUCGUGACCGCAGAUUUGGCUUGCAUCAUAUCUCAAUUAAUCUCAACAGCUGGUUACCUUCUUCCAUCGGUCAAUAGCACACUUAUGUCAGAUAUUCCUCCAGUUGGACGGAUGGGUGGUACUAUUGCUUCGACUUCUAGCAUAGCUUUGAAUGAUACUUUACAACAAAACAAGGACUUCGCCUCUGAAAGAAACAAGGCUAUCCAACACAAUGACUCGAUCAAAAGUUUGACUCAUACCGGGGAUGAAGGAAUCAAGCCAGUAGCUAUGAAGCACCAUGAUGCGAAGGACCACAAAGAUAGUGAGAAUGGAGAAAAUCUUCCCCUAGGCUCAUAUGAAGUCUUGGAACCGAAAAAAGAAGAAAUUUUAGCACCACACACCCACUUCUGUUCAAUCUGUCAAAAAGGAUUUAAAAGGUCUGCGAACCUAAGGAUGCAUAUGAGAGGACAUGGAGAUGAGUACAAGAGUCCGGCUGCCCUUGCCAAGCCAAGCAAUGAAGCAAGCUUGGAAUCUAUGGCCCUCAAGAGGUAUUCAUGCCCCUUUAUUGGUUGCAAGAGGAACAAAGAGCAUGAGAAAUUCCAACCUCUGAAGACAAUUUUAUGUGUGAAGAACCAUUACAAGAGGAGCCACUGUGACAAGAGUUACACAUGCAGCCGAUGCAACACUAAGAAGUUCUCUGUUCUUGCAGACUUGAAGACUCAUGAGAAGCACUGUGGACGUGAUAGGUGGCUCUGCUCUUGUGGAACAACAUUUUCUAGGAAGGACAAGCUGUUGGGGCAUAUCAAUCUCUUCCCAGGCCACAGCCCUGCAAUAUCCGUGGACGAUGUCAAAGCUUCAGGAGUGACAGAUCAAGGGAGGAACAGUGAAACAAUGUCUGAAAUUGGAAGUUUGGGGUCUAACUUUCUAGGAAACUCCAUGGAUGAUGUUGAUGAUCUAGACCUCGAGGAUGUUGACGAUGAUCCCAGCUCUUUCUCCUCUGGAGACUUUGGUUCAUUUAGCUUCGGCAACCUAGAUGACAUUCCACAACAAUCAUUUGAUGCCUCAGAAAGUUUGUUUUCCUAUUUUCCUUCAGGGUCUUGCGACUAUGUCCAAAAUAAUGGAGAUAAUUCGAAUUUGAAUCACCUGGGCUGAUGGCAGUGGCUCGAAAACAUUGAUAACUCAGCAGCAUGCCUUCAGUUCUUUACAUGCUUUCUCUAGCUCUCUCUGGUGAUUUUGCAUUUGUUGGUGGGGGGACUUUUGUAACUCAGCUGUGUCAUGUUUAAUUAGUGCUUCGUUGUACAUAAAUUGUUUUAUGUUUAUUACUAAUAAUUCAUUCGUGAUGGUAAUGGCAUGCUUUUAAUUUGCAUGCAUGGCUGCAGUUUAACA